AUGUCCCGAUCCAGCAUGGUGCGCACCAGGUCGGCCACCGGCACGGCGGCCGAACCCGAGCGGGAGGACAAGGGGAUGGUGCUGCCGGCGGUGCCGUCGGCCGACGACCGCAGCAGCGACCCAGAGGUGUGGGACAUGGUGAUUGUGGGGGCGGGCGUGGCGGGCGCGGCAUUUGCCUACCAGCAGGGCUGCUCAGGGCGGCGUGUGCUGCUGCUCGAGCGAGACCUCUCGCAGCCAGACCGCAUUGUGGGGGAGCUGCUGCAGCCGGGAGGCUACCUGCUGCUCAAGCGGCUGGGCCUGGCGCACUGCUGCGACGGAAUCGACGCGCAAAAGGCGGGUGCAGGGGCCGGGCCGGGGUUUGGGCGGCGGGGGGCGGGCCGGGUGCACGGCUACUGCAUGUUCAAGGAGGGGCGGGAGGCCAAGGUGGCGUUUGUCCAGAACCUGCGCCAGGCGGCGGCCAGCCAGCCCACCGUGACGGUGCGCCAGGGCUACGUGCGUCGGCUGCUCAACGAGGACAGCGGGGAGUGGGAGGAGGGGCAGGCGGUGACGGGAGUGUGCUACAAGGGCGGCGACGGGCAGGACCACGACGCGCACGCACACCUGACGAUUGUGUGCGACGGCAUGUACAGCUCCUUCCGCCGCAAGCUGGCGGUGCCCGACGUGCACCACCCCUCCUUCUUCAUCGGCCUGCUGCUCAAGGACUGCCCGCUGCCAUACAGCAACUACGGCCACGUCAUCCUGGGCAAGCCCUCCCCCGUCCUCUUCUACCCCAUCUCCGCCACAGAGGUGCGGUGCCUGGUGGACUACCCCGGCGAGAAGCUGCCCAGCGUGUCCAGCGGGGAGCUGGAGUGGUACCUUCUGGAUACCGUGGCACCACAGGUGCCGCCGCAGCUGCGCACCGCCUUUGAGGCCGCGGUCAAGCACGGCCGCAUCCGGUGCAUGCAGAACAAGCAGGUCACCAGCCAGCCGCUGCACCCGGCGGGGGCGCUGAUGCUGGGGGACGCCUUCAACAUGCGCCACCCGCUGACAGGCGGCGGCAUGACGGUCGCCUUCUCAGACACCAACCUGCUGUGCGACAUGCUGCGCCCGCUGCCCACCUUUGCCAACAAGCUGGCCACCUCGCGCGCCACCUCCACAUUCUACGUGCGCCGCAAGCCCGUGUCCGCCACCAUCAACACCCUGGCCAACGCGCUGUACAAGGUGUUCUGCGCCAGCGACAGCCGAGCGCACGAGGAGAUGCGGCAGGCGUGCUUUGAUUACCUGGCCCUGGGGGGCAUGUACUCAACGGGCCCCGUGUCGCUGCUGUCAGGCCUCAACCCGCGCCCCUCGGUGCUGGUCAUGCACUUCUUCAUGGUCGCCCUGUACGGCGUGGGCAGGCUGCUGUGGCCGCGGCCCACGCUGCGCGGCGUGUGGCUGGGCGUGCUGCUGCUCUACUCGGCCGCCUGCAUCAUCCUGCCCAUCAUCUGGAAGGAGGGCAUCCGCGCCGUGUUCUUCCCCUUCCUGGCGCCCAGGCCGCGCCUGGCGGGCAUGCAGCGCUCGGCGGCGGCGGCGGCGGCGGCGGCCAAGGAGGCGUGA